AUGGGUGCCGGAGAGAAGCCAUGCACAGGCCAGGCGUCGGCAGUCUUCGUCAUUGGCCUCGUGGCGGGCACCGGCUGCGUCAUCUUCUCAAAGACUCUCUUUGAGCUCAAGUCCGAGGGCCUGAACGGCGAGCUGCUUCCGUUCAAGCCGCAGGCGGCGAUGGACGCAGAGCCGCCGGUGACGGUCAAGACGCUGCUGAUGCUCGGCCUCCCCGCUGUCUUCGACCUCCUGUCGGUGCGGGUGCUUCUGAUGGUGGCGGGUCUCAUGCACAUCUCGGCGUCGAUCUGGAUGCUGCUGCGCGGCGGAGGGAUCGUCUUCGUCGCGCUGAUGAAGCAGUUCGCCCUCGGCGACCGUCUCACAUGCACGUUCUGCCAGUCGCUGCAGUACGUGUACGAGGAGAAGGUGAUGGCGGGCGACGCGCCGCCGUGGCUGCUGAUCGGGAUGGAGGGCUUCUUCGGCGCGCGCCUCUUGCACGAGCGGCACCAUGGCGUCGUCGAGUCGCUGCCGAACACGCUGCUGCAGAUCGAGCACUCGCAAGCGAUCCAGCGGAUGGCGCUCGGCUUCUGCGUCCUCGCGCUCGGCUUCUGCGUCCUCGUCUUCAUCCUCAACUCCUUCUCCGUCACCUUCAUGCUCUCCUCGGUCUGGCACGCGAUCCUCGACAACUUCCGGCCGAUCACAAUCUGGAUGCUCCGGCUGCCGCCGUUUGGGGCGACUCAGUCCCGAUCCUCUAAUAAAAAGGGUAAUACUGGCGCCGCCGCCUACAAUAAGAAUGAGAACGAGAAUGGGAAUGAGAUGCCCCCCUCAGGCACCGCCGUCUACAACGGCUCCGUCAAGCUGCCGUGGAGCCCGGACGGCGAGAACCUUCUCGGCUCGGGGCUCUUCGGCGGCGCCUCGCCUGGACGAGAUUUCCCAUAA